GCGGGCAGAGUGCGCGGCCCUGGCCGGGCAGCCCCGCGCGCCCCGGGCUUCUCCUGCCCUUAAGCAACAUGGCAGCGCUGGCUUCUCCGGCGGGCGGCGGUGGCGCGUGCGCGCCGGGCCGGGCGGCCCCGCUGUCCGCGGCCUCCUGAGGCGGGGAUGGAGGAGGGCGGCGCGGGGGCCGCGUCCCCGGGGGCUCCCGCGGGGCUCUCGGCCUCGCAGCGCCGGGCCGAGCUGCGACGGAGGAAGCUGCUGAUGAACUCGGAGGAGCGGAUCAACCGCAUCAUGGGCUUCCACCGGCCCGCGGCGAGCAGGGGUGACGAAAGUCACACAGAAGCAAAGCUUCAGCAUGAACAAGAUAAAUCAAACUCCCUUCCCAUCCCUUCAGUUUCCAAGCGAAUUGUGCUUGGUGAUUCCGUCUGCAGUAUGGCAGGCACAGCUGACCAUGCAGGCGGCAUGGCAGACCUCAAAGGGGACAAGGACUUGUUCAGUAAAACUCCAGAGCUUGGCAAUGACGGUACAAGUGAGCUCCGUCACCGUAACCGAGGGGAGCUGCCACCCGAAGCCGCACCACGACCACCUAGACAUGGAUUAGAGCAGUACUUGUCCAGAUUUGAUGAAGCUCUGAAGCUAAGGAACCAGCUGAUGAGUGAGAAGCCAAGCCAAGAGAAUGGGAAUGCAGUGGAGGAGUUUGACUCUUUCCGCAUUUUUAGAUUGGUGGGAUGUGCUCUGCUUGCCAUUGCGGUCAGGGCUUUCGUGUGCAAGUAUUUGUCAAUAUUUGCACCAUUUCUUACUCUACAACUUGCCUACAUGGGACUGUCGAAGUACUUCCCAAAGUGUGAGAAGAAGGUGAAAACGACUGUAUUGACUGCUGCUCUUUUACUGUCUGGAAUCCCUGCAGAAGUGAUUAGUCGCUCCAUGGACACCUACAGCAAAAUGGGAGAUGUUUUUACAGACCUCUGUGUCUAUUUCUUUACUUUCAUCUUCUGCCAUGAACUUACUCUGUUUUUUGGUUCUGAAGCACCGUGAUAGCUGUAGUUACACUAGUUACAUUAAAGCUUUCCGGACUGUAUUCCUUUAAUGUCUGACCAUGCGGACAGGUUUAAACCUUCAUUAAAAUUCUUACCUGUUCAAAUGCUUGAAAUGAGCCUUAAAUCCAGCCAUUCUGGGAAAGUAAGAGCAGGGUCCCAGGCUGCCAGUUCUAUCAGUUGUUUAUUUAAAUACAGUGUCUCCCUCUUACAAAUGUGACGCACGGGAGGCAAGUGUCAGGGGUUUAGUUAGGUGAUGCCCUUCUCAGCCUCCUUUACAUUUACAAAGCUGUGUUUGUUCUUUUCAGUGAGAACAAAGACAAUUCCUUUUUAGCAGAACCGUAUGUACACGUAUUUUUGUCUCUCCAGUCUGACUGUAGCUGACAAAACCUGCUCAUUUUGUGGUGUACCCAUUUAUUUUAGGAAAGCUCUAAAUAAAAGAAAUCCCUGUGUUCUGUUGUUCAGAUUCAGAAUGUGGAACCAAGUAGCUGCUUCUGGAGAAUGCUGGUGAAACGCACUGCUUCAUUGUCCUAAUCCUUGCCUUGCUGUACAUUAUUUGUCAUGAUUGUGAUACAUUUCAUUUGAUGAUUACAAUGCAAAACAGCUAAGCAAAGCCAACAGCAAAAAAGUCUUGUUGCUUACAAAUGUCAGUAAUCAAAAAGGAGGAAGAACAAGACUGUUAAUCUCACCUGUUAGUGAGUUUCCAGCGGCCCAGUCCUCAUGUAGCUCAUACAUGGGCUUGUUUUGUAUUUUAACAGUUCGCGUUGUGAGGGGAAUGUUGUAUAUUGGCAACGAACCUGCUGUAUCGAAUGUUUGCUCUGGAUAUGUAAAACUUAGAAGGGAACUAUCGUUUUUUUUCCUAGCUCCUUGCAGGAUUGCUUAAGACAAAUUGUAACGUGACAUUAAUUUCUGCAGUUUGUUUUUUGCCAGAUGUUUGUGUGUAGACAGGAUCUUGAUUGCGGAGGAGUUCUGCUCCUGCUCGGAAUAGUGCAGCCCAACAGCAUGCGGGAUUCAGCAGAACUGUUUGUGUUCAUGAUUUUGGCGUUGGUGUUUUUGAACUUUCCCAGUGGAAUCACAGAAGCUGUUCCUGUUUACAUCCUGUGUGCUGCAAGUGGCAGAGGAAUGAAAAGCAGUGCUUUGAGGUGACUCCCACAUGAAGAUCAAAGUCUGAAGGGAGAAAGGCAUCUUGUAUUGCUUCCUGUGAGUGUGCGGCCACAGGUAAAUAGAAGACAAACGUGGAUGCAUCCUGUCAUUGGAUAAAGCAGCAAGUGACCAAGUGCUCCCAGUUUCAGUCUUGUGGAUUUUGCACAGCAAGAGGAAGGCAGCAUCAUUCCAAAUAACCAACAUCAAUGCCGAUCAACUGGAAAAAUUCCUAUUAAAGUUAAAUUUCGGAAUAUUUUUAACUUGUUUUCUGUUUAGAAUCUGGAUGUUCAGGUAACCUAGACUAACUAACCUAAACUAGACUGUUUUAGCAAGGGAUGAUUCCCAUUUGUCUUGGCAUUUGCCUGCGGAAGCAUCCGAUUAUGCCGCUUUCAAGUAAAUUGCCCUGCUUUCUGCUUAUUCUUUUCUGUUAAAGCCUGAUGCUAUGAUUUUGGUGGUGCAUUUGUGACUCCUCAGUUAGAUACAUUUGUCUGUGACGUGAAAAGAAGAAGCUUAUGUUUUGAUUUGACUGUUUUCGUAUUUUUUUUAGUUGUUAUUUUACAGUGAGUAUUGUUACAGAUGUUCAGGGUUGGGCUGCAGAAGAUUCUGUCUAUUAGCACAAAUAUUUAUUCAAAAGCUUUAAAUUUGUUUAUAUUAGACAGGAAUUUCAGCAAAUUGAAAUAGCUGUCAUUGAAAUUAAGGUUGAGAUAUGUAAAUAAUGAGUUAUGUUUGUUCUGACUCUAUUUAUAUGCCCAAACAUCCUACAAAUAAAUAGCAAGAAUACUGUUUGCAUCUGCAAAAGCAGUGAAUUUUUAAUCCUUAGCAUAAUAAAUUUUAAUCCUAAUCAGCUGAAUACUAAGGAAAGCACCAACCCCCCCUGCUGUUGUUCAACCCCUUGCACUGUCCUUACAUGCAAGGAAAGAUGAGGAGUAGAUUUUCUUCUCAAGCAGUGAAAUAAUUCUUGCUGUGAGACUUAACCUGGAACUUUUUGGCCUCUAAAUGCUUAUUUUUGUCUGUCGGCUUCAGUGUGGGCGGGAGGAAGGCUCUCCGCUCCACUGAGUGGGCACAGUGGCAGGAGGGGCUGGUGCUAAGUGAGGCUUUUGCCCCUUCGGUUGAGAAAUUAAUCCCUUUUAGCCUGUUUUUAACUUAUCUCUGUUGGUGUGCAUAAUUCUAUUUGAUGUUUAUUGCCAAACUGGUUGUUUUCUAUUAAAAGUUUAUUUGUUAUCCCCUUC